CCGUGUGCGUGUGUGUCUGUGUAUGUGUGUGUGUGUAACGCCGUAGCCGAGAGAAUUGGAAUAGGUUACAACGUACGACUGCCAUCCCGAUUAGCUAUUUUGUGUUUUGAGAAAUUUGUCAAGUGUUUGUACAUCUUCGAAUCGGGUUUUUAUUAAUUUUUUACAUAAUUGUGAACGCGAUUAAAACGAUAAUUUCAUUUAUUUGUUUUAAUAACGGAAACGUGUUAUAUGUGUGCCGCCAUUUUGUAUGUUUCGUAUUUCGUAAAGAGCUCGUUUUAGUGCCUUGUUUGUUGGUUUUCUUUAUGUACAACAAUUUGUGAAAUUUAUGAAAUUUUUGCUGCUAAAAUUGGUGUCCGAGUUGUGCGUAAAUUGCUCCAAAAUGGUUUAAUUUUUGGCGCGAUGUGCGGUUAUUCGCGCCCGCUGUGCUGGAUUAGUAACGGAAAUGGGUAUAUGAACUGGUGAUAUGUGUUAUUGAGUUCGUAUUUUGUUCUGUUGGUUUUGGUUUUGAUUUUACCAAAUGUGUUAAUCAACUCAUCUCGCGGUGGUGUUUUGUUGUGGUGAUAGUGAAUUUGAUAUUUUCUGCGAUCAGAUGAGUACACACGGGGGUGUAGAGCUCGUGUACUCACUCGAUAAAUAAGCAUCCAAGUUACACUAUGGCUGAUAUACUUAAUAAAGACCCUGCUGUUUAUCAACGGGAACGAGAUGCUUUCAUUCGAGAUUUGAGACAUUUCCACGAAUCACGCGGGACACCUGCUCGAAAACUGCCGUUUAUAAAUGGGAAAGAAUUCGAUCUUUAUCUGCUGUAUCAUUUAGUUACCGCCAGAGGAGGAUGGGUGAAGGUAAAUCAAAGAAACGAAUGGGGUUCAGUUUUGGACCAGUUCGAAACCCUGAAGCAUUGUGUAAACGGCGAAGUCGCUCUGAAACAAAUUUAUUUAAGAUACUUGGAUAGAUACGAAAAGAUCCAUUUUCUCGGCGAAACGUUAGACAGAGGCGUUGACGAUGACGAAGAUAGCCGACAUAAAAGAUUUUCCACCCGUACGCUUCAUCCCGUUCCUCAACUAUAUAAUUACCACCAGCAUAUUGUUCCAGAUAACGUAAGAACUAAUGGCAAGUUUAGUACGAAUUUGUAUCAAGCGUCGGAAUACGAUAAAUUGGCGUUGUCGUUGAUAUCUCCGCUACCGAACGAACAAGAUUUCGCCAUAAACGUAUGUGCCCUGCUUUCUGGAACGAACAACGAAGGAAAAAGUACAACUUUGAAGCUAUGCAAUCAUCCAAGAUUAUUGCAUUACUUGCUGGCCCAUGCGGCUGUUUACAAUCACAAUUCCUUGAGAAAUCUCAUGGAAGAAAAUUACAAAGAAGUACGCGGUUACUCGCUGAAGUAUUUUUGGUCGGAUGUGCUGGAAGACAAAGAAUUAAGUAUAUUAAUGGACGAGAAGAAACACGUGAAACGGAGACAGAAAAAGAACUCAUCAGCAAUCGCCUCGUUGUCAUCGGCCGAAGACGCCAAUUUGAACACUUCGCAAAGCGGCGCAGAUUCGGAAGAAAAUCAAAAAGAUACGGACGAAGAAUGCAGACUAAAGCUACAGGACGACGAUGGCGAGUUGUUCUGCGUUGGCCGAUCUUACGGUACUCAAGAUUUCGUAGGCCAAAGAGUAUUACAAGUGGCAAUGAUCCUGAGAAAUGCUACGUUCAUCGAAGAAAAUGUUCCUAUUUUAGCGCAAGAUACGACGUUCCUUCGUUUUGUUUUAUUAUGUUGCGGUUCGAAGUGGAAUUGCCUGCAUCAGCUGGGAUUCGAUAUGUUAUCGAAUAUUGCGAACGAGAUUACGUUAGAAGACUCGCUGAUGGAUCAGUUACUAAAUGUAGUUUGCCGAGGUUUGGAAUCUCAUGACAGAGCUGUGAUCUUAGCUUGCGUAGAAACGUUGAACAAAUUAGGACAAAAAGAAGAAAACGAAGACAUUAUGUUACGAUGUAUCGAGCAAAAAGUUUACAAUAGAAUAUGUUCCUUCCUUAGUUUGCAAGAUAUUAUGCUAUUAAUUCAUACCCUAGAGUGUUUGUAUUCGUUAAGCUCGCUGGGCGAGAAAGCUUGUAAUUCGAUAAUGCACGUUCGAGGAGCUGUUGAUUCGUUGGUUUCGUUGAUAACCGUCGAAGCUCAAAGCUACGGUCCGAAAGCUUGUAUUUUGAUGCGAGUCGUCGAAACGGUUACCGGAGACAUACAAGACUCGGAAUCCUCGUCAACGUCCACAACGGCCACAUUGCCGGCACCGGUGGCCACUCCAUCUUCAUCGCUAACCUACCAUUCGACAUCAGCCAGCGCAUCUGUAAAUCAUUCCUCCACCGUAAUCUCGACGUCUUCAACGGCCGUCUCGAUUAACACGUCCGGAUCGUUCGUGCUGACCUCUUCGUCGGUAUCUUCGUCACCGCUGGUAAGCAGCGUACCUUCGAUGGCAUCGAAUUCGGCCGCUCCUCCUAAUGUAACGGUGUCGUCACUUCUGCAAGCUACCCCGUUACCAACGCCGGCUGUGGCUAGUCCGGUCGCGAUGCCGGUUGCGCAGCAUACGCGUCCUGCGACCCCUCAAAGAGUCAUUAUGCCAUCGACGGCGGCGGUUACCUUAGCUCAGCAAACGUCUACUUCUUCGGUUUCGGUGGUCGUAUCAUCGAACACAUUAGCCAACCAGACGGUAUCCGGAGUAGCGACUACGACUACGAUGGCUGCCGCUACCACGGCUGCUGCCAGUUCGCAUCCGUCUAUCGUAGCUACUCAACAAGAGAACGAGAAUUUCGCUUCGCAAUGGCUUAGAAAUACGUUCGAAACGCAUAAUCAACCUGGUCGAGGAAUCGAACAAGGUGAAAUGUAUAAAUUAUACCUGAAAGCGUGCUCGUUGGCUGGCCGGAAAAGCUAUAUAGCUCCGCUACAUUUCCCUCAAUGCGUCAGGAACGUCUUUGGUGCGAGCGCUGGACCUCGUCAAGUUAUACCGGCGACGGCGGCCGGAAUCGCAGAUACUAGCUCGUCCAAAUUAUUUGUUUACGAAGGAAUACAGGUGCGAGCAAAACCUUUGAAUGUUACCGUUAAUCCCAGUAACGCCCUGACCCAAUCGGUGCGUACCCCAUCCUCUCCUAUUUUGAAAGCUCAGCUUAGCAGCCCCUCGCCGCCUAAUGUUAUUAAAAAAGAAGUUAAAAGCAAGGUAUCAUCGACUCAUCCUCAUCUGAGUAAUGUACUAUUGAACGCCGGUACAUCUUCCGCAACAAGUUUACCCUCGCUGAAGCCUGCUAAUAUGGGUGCAUCAGCGGUGGCUGUAUCGCCUUCGACGUCAGCGGGCGAUUCGUCGAAUAGCACGUCUUUGAUUAAGAGUUUAUUGGCGAAUAAGGUAGGCGAUUUUAUGAGCCCAAAGGCCGCUUCGGUUAACAUUAAAAAUGAAAAGCCGUUGCACGCGACGCCGCACCAACUUGUAUUGAACACAGCGGUCGCCGCUCAGGUCACACAGCGCCAACAACAACAGCAGCAACAACAACAACUUCAACAGCAGCAUAAAAUCGUGCAACAGACAACGCAGCAUGUUCAACAAGUGACCGUUCAACAACAGCAACAAUUGCAACAUCAGCAGCUGCAGCAAACAACGACGAUCGCGACUGCAGACGCAUCCGGCGUUCACUUGCUGCCAUCCGGUGUAGUUGUCGAACAACAGCAGCAACAGCAAACGAAACAAAUCCAAGCGCAAAUACCGCAGCAGCAAACGGUUACGCAGCAACUCGUCCAAGUAGCAUCGUCUACAGGCGGCGCACCUCAACUGGUUCAAGUCUCGAUGCCGGUACAGGCGCCUCAACUCAUUCAAGCGGCGCCUCCUCCACUCACCGAACCGAAAUCUCAAAUGAUUCAGCUGACGCCGGCUCUGCAACAGCAGCUGUUGCAGAUGGGGUCAGCCGAUCAGUUCAAACCGUCGCUGCUUCAGAUAACGAAUCCGGCCGGUGGUCAACCACAGUACAUUCAGAUUACUCAUUCCACCCAACAGCAACUGCUGCAGGUCUGCCAACAAGCCUCCCAAACUGGUCAAACACCUAUAUUGCAACUGUGCCAGGUGAAACAAGAACCAUCAGCGCAGACGCCCGAGUCAGCAAUGGCUGCUGCACAGGCGGCUCAGGCAGCGGCCCUAGCUACUCCUCAAAUGAUACUCUCGCAGCCUGGUCAACCUCAGCAAGUAAUCCAGGUAUCGCAAGCGAUCCAGCAACAGUUAUUGUCGCAAAUACCACCGCAGCUUUUGCAGCAAGCUUCGCAGGUGGCUGCCGCCGGUGGCAGAUCGAUAUUGACUCAGCAGUUGGUGCCAGAAGGUAGUCAGCCGACCGUACCAGCUGCCAUAAUGCAAGCCAAAGAUUUACUGUCGCAGCAACCGUUACCUACGAUUACAGAUGCGAACGGACAACCGAUCGCAAUGACGCCGCAACAAAUCAGACAAUUGUUACAGGAUCAACAACAAGCAGCUGUUGCGGCAGCUCAGUUGAAACAACAACAACAACAAGUGCAACAGACGCAAAGCGUCGGCACGCAAGUAGUCCAUUCCGGUAUUCAAACAACACCUCAGAUAAUUCAGCAAACAGCGCCUCCUCAGCCUACUCAAAUAGCUCAAGCGUCCACCGUUUCGGUGAUCACGUCCACUGCGUCGGCAGCUGCUAACAUGAAACCGUAUAUGUCGAGGAUUAACGGUAUGAGGAAUUUCCAGCAGCCAGUAAGCAUCGUAAUUGAUGACGAUAUUAAAACCGAACCAACAACUAGUCUGUUAGCUGACGAGAAACUGGAAAGUUCGCCGGAGCUGUCAUCGUCUUCAAAUUCAAACGAUAGCGCCGAUGUUCCGAAACCCGUCGUUCCUGCUCCAUUGACGAAUUCGACUACCGCCACCUCUAGCGUCACAACUGGAAGCAAAGUUAUCGUUGAAAAUCACUCGGUUUCCAGUAACGUGACGACUACAUCAACGACGACUACCAUGGUGAAUAAUAAGACGACCAAAUUUAACGAUUUAGACGCCGAAUUAUCAGAGUCGUCGAGUAAUCAAUCGUUACCGGUCAUUUCGAUCAAAGAUGCUGAGAAUAAUCUACCCGCGUGCGAGUUAACCAACGAUGACUCGUCCGGUAUGUUUGAAGAUUUUCUGCUGAACGGCAAAUCAAAUACUCCCAUCGAUGAUUCGAUCACCAACAACUUGAUGAGCGAAGAUUCAUUGCUGAAUAAUUUAAUCAUGGGAGAAGAACUGGCCAAUAGUAUGAUCAGCCCCGAAAAUUCCACCUCCGAAGUACCCAGCACUUUGAACGAAUUUCCUCUAAAUAAUACCAUUAAAAUGGAAUGCUCCGAUACUAACGACAGUGUUGAUAAUUCGGCUAAAACUGAUAAUAAUGUGAGUGGCACGACGCCGAUGACCGGUAUAGUAAAACAGGAGAAUAAUUUUGCGCAGGUUAAGAAGGAUAACGCCAUGCAAGUUGAUAAUAUCGUCGACUCGAUCCAGCAGAACAAAAUGAUUGAAAAUAAUUUUGCCAAUUUACUCAAAACCGAGAAGAAACCCGAGGAUAAUAAACCAACUAAAAGCCUGAUGUUGGCUGAAUUACUCGAAAAAAAUACCGAACGUAAAGAAGCGCCUAUUGUAAAUGGAGCGUUACGUAUUGGCGAAAAAGGUCUCGAACUUAUAUCGAAAGACGAACUCCAGAGAGGUUUCAAGACUGCGUUCAACGAGAAGAGUGUCAUUUGCAGCAAUAAAAAAAAUUUUACGACGAAGAACAGUAUCGAACCGACGACGACACCAAUGAAAGUAGACGCCGGAAUUGAAACCAAACCCGAGUUCCUCGCUCCUUUGGCUAGCAACCAGCAACGCAUCGUAGCUGGCGUCAAAAGAACUAACGAUCAAGAAGUGCAGUGUGAUAGCAACUCGAAAAAACCGCACUUGAACGGCGAUACUAACAUUAAAACCAAUGACGAAGACGCCCUAGAUGAAAGUAACGUAAAAGCAUCCUCUUCGGCGGCCAAUCUAUACGCCGCUCUAGCAGCCGACGUAUUAGGAGAUAUCGACGGUAUGGACGAAGAUGAGGUACUACCACCACCUCCACCUCCACCGCCACCUCAGCAGCUCCCCAAUCCGGUUACAAGCUUUCAAAACGUGGCAACUGCCAGUGCUCCAGUUGUCGAAUCGCAUCAGCAACUUUACCUGACCACUGGACCGAACUCGAGGCAGAUAUUGUUAGCUACAACGCCUUCGGGAGCUCUUACCUCGAGAACGGUAUCGAUAAUGGGUAGCGGAGGACAACAAUACAUCGUAACGCCUCAGACAGCUUUAGUUCAAGGACAACCGCAAACGGUUUUGGUGACACAAACAGCCCAGCAACAAGGCACCGGUGCCAAGACAAUCAUCAUAUUGCAAAAUCAGCCCUCUUUAGGCCCUCAAUCCGUUCAAGCAGCCAAUCAAACGACGCAAAAGAUGAUCAUGCAGAAGAUGCCGAAUUCGUCGGCGCAACCGAUCGUCACUGCUACCUCGUCUCCGGUCAUCGUACAAACAUCGAUGCCAAAUACCAUUAAAUCCGUUCAAACGAGCAUGUUGGCUACGUCCGUUGCUUCUGCAACUGGCGUGGUUUCGACGCUUCAGCAAUCGCAAGGUACGCAGAUUUCGGCGACGCAAUUUUUACCCGCAGUUAGCGUUCAAUCGAUGGCAUCGGCGUCCUCGCAAACAUUACCAGCUCUGAAUACGAUGGCAAAUAUACAAACGCAGCAAUUACCUACUGUGUUCUCGAUAAACAGCUCGAACCUUACUUCAACAGUGGUCACCUCACAAGUGAAUCAUGGUGCCCAAACGACAGUGGUUCCGCAAAUCAUCGCUCCAGCUACUGUAGUCAGUCAACAAACAGUUACGCAGGCGCCGAUGGCUCAGAAUAUCAUGAAAACAACGACGAAUGUUGUCCCAGCGACUAACAUCGUACAAACGCCGGUUUCUUCGGCACCGUCUACGCCUCAAAGUCGGCAGGUUAAAGUGAUCAAAACUGUACCGCAUCUGCAACCAGUUUCCAAUCAGGUUAGACCUAUUCAAACGACGGUCCCGGUACCGGUCGCGGCCAUGUCACCGGCAAUGGGACCCGCUGCUCCGGCCGCUGUCCCUGCCACUCCUCCGGCAUCUUGUAUGAGUGCUCCAAUUGUACCUGUCGCUGCUGCUCCGUCUGCAACUACCGCGUCUACGGCGACCCCGUCAACGUCGGCUACGGUUACUCCUUCGAUUACCACCCCGAAAUCCGAAAAUCAGGGACAGUUUUUGUGUGAAUGGAGAAGCUGUAUGAGGAGUUUCAAAACCGCUAAUGAAGUUUACCUACACGCUUGCUCGGCGCAUUGUCCGUCCGGUAGUCAAGAAAUACAAUGUUUAUGGGAAAGAUGCGACGCAAUGAAACGUAAAAGGUUCUCAUUGAUGACGCAUCUGUACGACAGGCAUUGUAAUCCAGAGAUUUUGAAAAUGAUGGCUGUUCGAAGAAAACAAAUCUCAAUAAAUGGUAGAAGUGAAAUACCACCUCCGCCUGCCCCGCCACCGCAUCCGGGAUAUGCUCCGAAUGCCGCUUUACACGCUAUCAAAAGGCACGCUUUAGAGUUUGUUAAUCCCAAAGAAUUACAAGAUGAUAACGAAGGUCCAGUCACUAAAAGUAUUCGUCUUACGUCAAGUUUAAUUUUAAGAAACGUGGUCAUCUAUUCAACCAGCGGUAGAAGAUACUUAUCGAGUUUCGAACCUCACCUAGCAAGUAUUGCCCUUAGUAAUGUGGAAUCGUCAAGAACGAUAGCUCAGAUUUUAUACGAUAUGAACGAACAUAACAGAUGACCACGUAAAGUUUAAUUCUGACCCGGAGAUAAAAAGUCCAUGUAAUUCGAUUUACACUUAUUUAUUUAUUUUUUUAAUUUUCGAAUUUUUUUCCCUAUAUAUUUGUAUUAGAAAAUCUCGCGUUGUUUUUAUUAUUUUUUUUUCGCGUACCUACGAAUGAUGUUUUUUCAUCGAAGGAAAAAAGAAAAGAGAACUUUUUCAAUCGAGUUGUUACUGUGUACUAAAAAUACAGGAUUUUUUUUUCGUGUA